AGUUGUUUUGUGCUCCAUAAACAGCUGAUCAAUUUUAACAAUUUUCUAUUGCUUUGUAAUUUUAGUGUAAUUUUUGCUCGUUAAUAUAUUGAUUGUUAAAGAAAAGUGCAAAAAUGGGUAGCUGGCAAUUGGAAGUUUUUAAAAUGACUUUGUACAUGUCCUUUCCCGUGGCCAUGUUUCACAUCUUCAAUCAACCGGCUUACUUUGAGGAAUGGGUGACUAAGACAAGACGCGAGCUAUAUCCACCAGAGAGUUUAGGUCACCGGGAAGAGAUACAAAAAGCCAUAAAAGAUGUGCGCGAAAAAAGAGAUAGAGAAAUGAUGAAGGCAUUAGAGGAUAUAGAAAAGCGUGGAAAAUAAUUAUUUACUACAAAACAAUAAUUGUUGCCACAAAAGAAGUGUGCUAUACUAGAAUAUUAUAUAAGGUUAUUUUUGUUUUUGUAAGUUGCAUUAUUUACCUUUAAAGAACGCUUAAACAUUUGCUAUUGGAAUAUAAUUGAAAUAAUAUUUAAUUAUAAAAA